CUGUUGUGGAACAAGAAAUCAGGGAGUCUUGGAUAUGGUUUUUGGAAAUUUUUGCUGAUGAUAUAGGGAGGCCAGAGGAGCUUCAGUUGGUCUUCAUUUCUGAUAGGCAAAAGGGGCUUAUACCUGCAAUAGAGACACUAUUCCCUACCGUGGAGCAUAGAUACUGUGUGAAACACAUCUACAACAAUUUCAAAGUUGAUCACAAGGGAUUGGAGCUGAAGGAUGCAUUGUGGAGGUGUGCUGCUGCCACAACAGUAAGGGAGUUUGAGAGAUGCAUGCAGUACAUAAGGGAUUUGGAUGAAAAGGCAUAUGAGUAUCUUGCAAACAUUGCACCUACAUAGUGGACAAGGUCACACUUCACUCCUAGGGCCUUAACAGAUUGUUUGGUAAAUAAUUUGAGUGAGUCUUUUAAUGCAAUGAUAUUGAAGUCUAGGGACAAGCCUAUCUUGGCAAUGUUGGAGUGGAUUAGGGUUAGACUUAUGACUAGACUUUACACAAAAAGGGAAGGGAUACAGUAGUAUGCUGGAAAGUUGUGUCCAAGCAUACAAGAUAGGUUGGAGAAAUUGAAGGUUGAAAGUAAGGCAUUUAGUACUACCUCAGCUGGUAGUUUCCUUUAUGAGGUAGGCAGUCAGUAUGAGAGGCAUGUAGUUGAUUUGGUGAAGAAGACAUGUAGCUGUAGGUCUUGGGAUUUAAAUGGCAUUCCCUGCAAACAUGCCAUAACAGCCAUUUAUACAAACAUUGAGACACCAGAAGACUAUACCCACCCAUGCUACUUCAAAGAAACUUACAUGGAGAUAUAUAAGGAGGUACUUCCUCCCAUGCCUGGCCAGUCAGAAUGGGCUGAGACUGGACAGCCUGCUCCCUUAGCACCUCACAUAUACAAACCACCAGGCAGACCACCCAAGCAAAGAAAGAGGGCUUCUGAUGAGCCUAGGAACCCUUACAAAGCAAGUAGACAGAACAGACCUGUAAGAUGUGGGAAAUGCAAAAAGGAAGGGCAUAACUCAAGAGGGUGCAAGGCUGGCAUCACUGGGGAGACACCAUGGCAGAGGAGACAGAGACUUCAAAGAGAAAAAGCUGCAAGGGAAGGGGUGCCUGCACCUAGAUCUGCACCUCAGCCACCAUCCCAGCAGCCUACCCAGACCUACAACAUGAUGUCUGCCACUCAGCCUUCAUCCUCACAGCAAGGAAAUCAACCUAGGCCAUCUCACAAGAGAGCAGGAUGGUUCUCUUCCUCACAAACAGAGUUUCACACACCUAGGGAGACCUGGGAUACCUUACCAAGUUCUUCACAGGUAACUUAGUCCUGGAUGGUUGUGUAGCUUGGGAUAUUUUUUAACAAGUGGAUCUAUUUUUUAUUUUGUAGCCUUCACAUGCAAGUGGGAGCACUGGUGGUGUGAGGACUAGAGGACAGCUUGCUGCACAAAGGCCACCAAAAAUGAAUCCAGUGGGUGGAAAGAGGAAAG